UUUUAGACUUGUUUACGUUCUUGGAUUUCACAUCUUUAAUUCUGUGGCGGGAAUCCAGCUCCUCUGACGUCGUGUCUACGUCACAGAAGUAACUACGUCUCCACUAACUAACUUUAACUCUAACUAGUCCCGGCGGCUCCUGGUGACCUGUCCCGGUGCCCGCCGCUCUCCGCCCGGAGCUCCGUGCUCCUCCGUGCUCCUCCAGGAGGGGGACAGGAAGGGCUGAGGGCCGGGGAGCAGAGGGCGGGGGACGGUUCAUUUAUUCUUCUUUAAACCGUCUAAACUCAGCGGUCGGUCCCGCUCUGUGGACCCGGAGGACGAGAGGGAGCCGCGGGGGGAAGGACAGCGACAUGUCGGCGAGCUCCGGAGCCGCGAGGACGUGACUGGAAGAGCUUUCGAUGGAGGGAGAGAAAGAGACGGCUGAAGAGAAGGAGGAGGAGGAGGAGGAGGAGAAGCAGCUUCAUCCUCACGUGGCAGUGGCGUCUCCUGUGGACUACCAGGACCUUCCCAUCAUCCACUGGGAGGACCUGAGCCAGCGGAUCGCUGAGUUGGAGAAACAGGAGCAGGAGAGGAGGGAGAGGUCAAAGAGGGGAACAGGGGUGAGGAAGGAGGAGAGUCAGGGGGGAGUGUGGAGAGACGUCUGGGAGGAAGAGGAGGGAGACUUGAGAAGGUGUAGAGUGGCUGUCGUCACGUCACGGUUCCUCAACCACAGGAACCUGCAGCUUUGCUUCAUCAACAGCAGCGACAGUGAAGACGAGGACGAUGGAAGCAACCAAAAGGUUGCCAUGGGAACAGAGCGCAAUGGGCUGAAACAGGAAGUGGCCACCGCUCUGAGGACGCUGAGAGAUGAACUGCUGGCGGAACAGAAGGAGAAGCAGCAUCUGGCCGGCAGCAGCACUGUUGCCAGGCGUAAACAUCUGGAGCGUUGGGAGCUGGAUGAGUGUUCAGUGCAGCAGCUCAGCAGCUCGAGAGCGUCACUUCAACAGGAAGUGCACGCUCUGAGCUCGGAGCUGGUCGCUCACCUGCUGGUACGAGACCAGCUGAGGACGAAGCAGGACGCCAUGCUGCUGGACGUCCAGGACCUGACCUAACACCACACAUGUCCACACGUUUCCACCACAUCUACAUGUGACCACGCCGGGACGAGGUCGGCCGGCUCGUCCACGUUGGCACAGGAGUCGUUUACCUUUAACCAGCUAAUUCAAACGGACAAAUCACCAGCAUCAUGGAAGACAAGACGGAGACACGAGCGGACGGUCGAGUUGAAGAGAAGAACUCUUCGGAAAGCUCCGGCAUGUCUACGAACUAACUCACUAACAGCGGUGGUGGUUUGACGGGAUGAGUCGUACGAGGUCGGAGCUGAACGACGCCUGAACGACCACAAACACGUGUUUCUCCUGAACCUCGUGUAAUUCACUUUGAAUCGUUUAUGAUGGAGACAAAACUUCAAAUGUUUCGGAAUCAGCACAUUUUCGAACAUUUUCGAACACAACUUGGAUUGUGCCUUACGACACCAGGACAUGAUUUGAAACCGACUCCGAUUUAAAAAGAAUCGAAAUGAGACAAACAAGUGAUUUCACUUCAAUAAGAAAUAGAACAAUAAGAGAUGAAGUGUUUCGUGUCGAUUCCAGUUUAAACAUCGGUUUUUGUCUUGAACUUAAAUGUCAUUUUUCUCAGGUAGUUAAAAUCCGUCAGAACGUUCGUCAUCAGUUUGAUGAAAAACUUUAACAUCCAGAGUAUUUUUAUAUUUGAGGGAAAAAAACUCAAUGAAAAGUCUUUGGGAUCAAAUUUUAUUCAAAAAUCCUCCAGAUGUUUGUGUCACUUUUGACUUUGUCUAGAAUCUUUUUGACAAACAUGUGGUUUCUAUUGAAGUUGUAUUGUGUAUUUGUCUUCUUUAGUCGAACCUGUGGAUAUAAAAAGGGAACAAACAGCUUCUGUAGCAAGAAAACAGAGAAAACUGAUCCUCUAUAUUUUGGUUGUUUUCCUGAAAUCAAAAUCUGAAUUUCAGCCAAAUGUCGAUAUAUGAAGCGUAGAUGAUGACAAAUUUAAAAUAGUUUGUAUUUGAUUUCAAGAACAAAUGUAGUUCAAAUUUAUAACAGUAAUUAUUAUAUAACAGAACAAAUCCUUUCUGUGUCAUUUCUCUUGAAAUGAAAACACUUCAGGUACAAGCAGCAGUGACUGUUUACUCCUAAAGGGAAUAAUCCACUUAAAUAACAAGUUUUCUGUGUUUUCUUCUCUGAACCUUUUUGAAGUUAUAUUUUUAUUGAACUGUAUAAGAAUAUUUACAUGGUUUAAACUGUGGCUUUUAUAAAACACCACUGGUGACGUCCUCCUUAAUCAGAAAGAAAUGAUUUAUCCAUACUGAUCAUUUUCUUUCAUUGAUCUGAAUGUCGUAAUAUUGUGUCUGUCAACUUUUUUAUUUCCAUAAGUGUAAAUAUUUAAAGUCACUGAAACGUCAUUAUAAUUCAAUAUGUCACCAUGGUAACACAGUGAAGAAUAAAGUGCAAAGUCAAAAUAUUAAAUUAUAAAGUAAACAGGUUGUUUUAAAAUGUAAAUGAAUUAAUUUCAAUAGUAUUUGUGAAUGUAAACAUUAAUUCUGAAAUAUAUUUUAAGGCAAAGACGA